AUGUCUACCGGUACCUUGUUUAUACAAGACUCACGCACCGGAGUCAAAUACGAGGUUCCCAUUCGUCGAAACGCCAUCCAAGCCAUUGAUCUACGAAGCAUCCAAGCCCCUACGACUGAAGCCGACCGUGCCGAUCAGAUCUCCCGGGGUCUGCGAGUCUAUGAUCCAGGUCUCCAGAAUACGGCAGUGGUGGAAUCUGCCAUCAGCUUCUCGGACCAUGAACGUGAGUCGUUGAUAUUUCGGGGGUAUACCUUGGAACAGCUCUGGCAGAAGGACUUUGAGGACAUGUUCCAUCUAUUACUCUGGGGAAGCCUGCCCACGAAUAGCCAGCGGACCCAUUUGAGUGAAUUGCUCGCCCAGUAUAUGGGGGAUGUUCCUCCAAUAGUGCACCAGGUUAUUCAGACCCUGCCAAGAACAACUUCCUCGCUACCACUGCUACUAGCAGGGCUGACUGCGUACCUCUCAACGAUGCCCGAUGCUAUCCCUGCAUCAUCAAAUGCGAAUUUGUACCAAGACGAUCUCGAUCGCGCCGAUAAAUUAAUCUUGCAAACCGUUGCCUGCUACGCGGUGGUAUUUGCUGCUGCUCGCUGCCACAGCAUGGGUAUUCCUCUGCAACGCCCAUCGGUGAAUCGAACAUAUUACGAAAAUCUGUUCACAAUGGCAGGGCUAGUCGACUCCAAAACCGGAAAUCCGGAUUCAGUCAAACUACACAGCUUUCGUCGCUUUGCCAUGCUCAACGCUGACCACGGUAUGGCUCUGGUAGUAUUCUCAACCUUGGUAACGGCAUCCUCUCUGACCGACCCCAUAUCAUGCCUCAUAUCGGCCAUUACAGCUGCCUAUGGCCCACUACACUUUGGUGCUACCGAGUCUGCCCAGAAUGCGCUCCGAGAGAUUGGAGAACCCACAAAUGUCCCGGCAUUUCUGGAACAGGUCAAGGCCGGCAAGCGAAAACUAUUCGGGUAUGGACAUCGCGAAUACAAGGGCGUUGAUCCUCGUGUAGAGCCAAUCAGAAAGAUAUUGAAAGAUCUUCAACCGGAAUCUAAUCCGCUUUACAAAAUUGCCGAGACUAUUGAGGCUGCUGCUGCGACGGAUGAAUAUUUUGUUGCUCGUCGAUUGUUCCCCAAUGCUGACUUUUACGGGAAUUUUGUGUUUACUGGAAUUGGCUUUGAGCCUGAGAUGAUUCCCGCGGCUAUGCUUGCUCAUCGCAUCACGGGAAUCAUGGCACAUUGGCGAGAAUACAUGGUGACACGCGGGAAGCUAUUUCGACCGUCUCACAUAUAUACGGGCAAUAUAAUGCCUGCGACGAAUCCUGCCGCCAAGAUAUGA